AUUUAUCCCAGACCAUGAAUUCACUCGCUUGUUUCUCCACAGUGAGCCAAUUACACAAACGAGCUGUUGCAGGUCUAAGUAAAGAAGCCACCGGAGAUGGAGGUGAAAUCCAAACUGAUCAUAUUCUUCAACUCGGAGACACCACUCUCAAGGGACACACAUUAGUCCCGCUCAUUUUAUCAUUCAACAACUUGACUUACAAUGUCAAUGUACGCAAUAAAAUGAGGUUGUCUUCUAUAUUCCGUGGCGCGCACGAAAGCGGACCAACUACUACACAAACUCUCCUCAAUGACAUCUCUGGCGAGGCGCGGAAUGGAGAAAUACUUGCUGUACUUGGCGCUAGUGGAUCGGGAAAAUCAACGUUGAUCGAUGCCCUAGCGAACAGGAUAGCUAAAGGUAGCUUGAAAGGAACGAUUACGUUAAAUAACGAAGUUUUGGAGUCAAGAAUGUUGAAAGUGAUAUCAGCUUAUGUUAUGCAAGAUGAUCUUUUAUUUCCAAUGCUCACAGUUGAAGAAACUUUGAUGUUUGCUGCUGAGUUUAGGUUACCGAGAAGCUUAUCGAAGUCGAAAAAGAAAAUGAGAGUACAAGCUUUGAUUGAUCAGUUAGGUCUGCAAAAUGCGGCCAAAACUGUGAUCGGAGACGAAGGUCAUAGCGGCGUUUCGGGUGGAGAACGACGUCGUGUUUCUAUCGGAAUUGAUAUAAUUCAUGAUCCAGUUGUACUUUUCUUGGAUGAACCCACUUCGGGUCUUGAUUCGACAAGCGCGUUUAUGGUUGUGAAAGUUCUGCAGAAGAUAGCUCAAACUGGGAGUAUAGUGAUCAUGUCUGUGCACCAACCGAGCUAUCGGAUCCUUAAAUUGUUUGACCGCUUGGUAUUCUUGUCGAAUGGUGAAACUGUUUACAGUGGUUCUCCGAUGAGUUUACAUUCUCUUUUCUCUGAAAUCGGGCAUCCGAUUCCUGAUAGUGCGAACCCGACGGAGUUUGCUCUCGACCUUAUUCGCGAGCUUGAAGGUCUUUCCGGAGGGACAAAAAGCUUGGUGGAAUUUAAUAAAACAUGGCAAAAUACAAAGCAUACAUCAAAGUCUGAACCGGAACCACAUGGAGUACAAAUAUCGUUAAAGGAAGCGAUAAGCGCAAGCGUUUCCACCGGAAAGUUGAUUUCGGGCGAUGAUGCUAGCACAAAUUUAUCGUUGCCAACGUUUGCUAAUCCGUUUUGGAUUGAAAUGGCUGUUUUAUCGAAAAGGUCAAUUAUCAAUGCAAGAAGAUUGCCUGAAUUAUUUGGAAUUCGAUUAGGUGCUGUCUUUGUUACAGGGUUUAUUUUAGCAACAAUGUUUUGGCAGCUUGAUCAUUCACCUAAAGGAGUUCACCAAAGAUUAGGGUUUUCCGCAUUUGCUAUGUCAACUGCUUUCUUCAUUUGUGCUGAUGCACUUCCUGUUUUUCUUCAAGAAAGGUACAUUUUCAUGAGAGAAACUGCUUAUAACGCUUAUCGAAGGUCGUCUUACGUAUUAUCGCAUGCUCUUAUUACUCUACCAUCUUUAUUUAUCCUCUCAUUUUCUUUAUCUGUCCUGACAUUCUGGUCUGUCGGACUAGACGGUGGAUUUUCCGGAUUUAUAUUUUAUUUCUCGAUCAUUUUUGCGUCUUUCUGGGCCGGAAACUCCUUUGUUACGUUCUUAUCCGGCGUAGUCCCGCAUGUUCAACUUGGCUUCGUUAUAGCUGUGGCAAUAAUAUCUUAUUUUCUACUCUUCUGCGGCUACUUCAUCAAUCGCAAUCGAAUCCCACCAUAUUGGAUUUGGUUUCAUUAUAUGUCAAUGGUUAAAUACCCUUAUGAAGCUGUAUUACUGAAUGAAUUCCGUGAUCCUGUGAAGUGUUUCGUUAGAGGAACUCAGGUAUUUGACGACACUCCAUUAGUGUCAGCUCCGACGUCCUUGAAAAUGAAAUUGUUAGGAUCGUUUAGCGACACAUUGGGCGUGACAAUUACGAGCUCUACUUGUGCAAAGACGGGUUCAGAUAUACUGAAGCAAGAAGGUCUUACUGAUAUAAGUAAAUGGAACUGCCUAUGGGUGACAGUUGCUUGGGGAUUCUUGUUCAGGAUUUUAUUUUACUUCUCUUUGUUAUUGGGUAGCAAAAAUAAGCGGAGGUGAGGUACAAGACAUUUGCUAUGAAAAUGGAUGGUUUUGGUGGAGGAAUGAAUUAUAACACUUUGUGAUUGAUUUGUUUAUUUGUUCGUUUGUUUCUUCAGUUAUUUAGGAUUGAUUAUCAGUUACAAGACAUUUGCAAAUAGUUUAUGUUGUGUGAUGAA